CUGCAUUGAAUCGCCUUCAUUGUUUUCUCGUUCAUUUACACCGCGGCUUAUAAGGACGUAUCCAAGAUAGCAUAGUAGUGUCGUCGAGUCAAGGAAUUUGCAGCUAAAGGCUUGGAAUGUAUGCAGUCCGAGGCUCUCAUACAGUACCAAUACGGGGGAAAAGAGUGCACCUAUCCUCGAGAGAAGUGGACAGUUUGAGCACUGUGGUAAACUCUCGAUACCUACCGGGCUCCCACUAAUACCUGCCGCAGUCGAUGACAUAAUCGUGCACCUUGGAUAACCAAGCAGGAGUCUCCAUUGACGAGAAUGGAUCACGUGGGUUCGCGACGCUGAAAGCACCAAUUGUUCCAUCCUACGCGUCUCCUCUUGACGUUAGGGCAUCAAUCCACAUCGAAGGCAUCAAUCUCGUCUCUCAUUAUUCAGCUGAAUUAUAAGUGUGAUAUAACUCCGGGAUUUCCAAGAUGCCGGGACGCAAGCGCAAAUCCGCACCAGCCGCACCCGAGGCGCCCCCGUCUCGCAGGCGAUCACGGCGCAUCAGCGAGUCGGGCGAGAAGAGCAGUUACUUUAAGGCCGAUUCACCGUCUGAAACGGACGGAAACGUGACUGCGCCUAGGAAGGCUUCCGGCAGGGGUAGACCAUCCAAAAAGUCCAAAGCCGAAACGGAGUCGGAUGCCAACGAGGGCGACUACAACGACGAAAACGAAGCAGUUGAGAAGCCGAACCAAGGCAGUGAUGACGAAUUUGACGAGGACGCUCCUCCCAAAGUGACCGUCAUUCCCCUUCCCAAGCUGCGCGAUACGGGCGGCAUUGAGUACGCAGACGACAGACUGCACCCAAACACGCUGGCCUUUCUCAAAGACCUCAAGGCGAACAACAAGCGGACAUGGCUCAAGUCCCACGACGCCGAGUACCGCCGCGCACUCAAGGACUGGGAAUCCUACGUCACCACCUUAACCGACAAGAUCAUUGCCGCCGACCCGACCAUCCCCGAGCUGCCCUUCAAAGACGUGAACUUCCGCAUCUACCGCGACAUUCGCUUCAGCAACGAUCCCACACCGUACAAGCCUCACUUCUCCGUCGCCUUCUCCCGCACAGGCCGCAAGGGCCCCUACGCAUGCUACUACGUGCACGUCGAGCCCGGCGCCUGCUUCAUCGGCGGCGGGCUUUGGCACCCCGACGGCGCGGCGCUCGCCAAGCUGCGCGCGAGCAUCGACGAGCGGCCGGCGCGGUGGAGGCGGGUGUUGAAUGAGCCCCGGUUUAAGGAGACUUUUCUGGGCAUCUCGCCUGCCACUUCCUCUUCUUCUAUUAAGCAGACGAAAGGGGGGAGAGGCAAGAGGGGGAAUGUUGAAGCGGGGAAGGAUGGUGAGGACGACGAGGAAGCGGCGUUGAGGGCGUUUGCGGAUGGGAAUAAAGAGGGGGCGUUGAAGACGCGGCCGAAGGGGUUUAUACCGGAGCAUAGAAAUAUGCAAUUGUUGAAGCUGAGGAAUUUCACCGUGGGGAGAAAGGUCGCGGAUGCGCUGUUCACUGGGCAGAGAGGGCAAGAGGAGGUGGCGAGCGUGAUUGGGGAUAUGGUCGGGUUUAUCACACAUUUGAAUCGGAUCGUUAUGCCGGAUCCCGGGGAUGAUGAGUCGGGCGAGGACGAGGAGUAAAGGCUCUGGCGUAAGUAUGGGCAUGUAUACGGGGGCUUGGAGUGCCGAUCUUUGGUAUACAUUGGAAAUAUGUUAGGAUACCCUCAUUUUGACAACUGCUUUCAUCCCGUCUUUCUUUAAUGCCAC